AUGGACAGCGUAACGGGCAAGGAUCGUCGUCCCUUCCGCCCUGCUACGGUCGGAACCUGCCAUGCACAAACUGCCACAGAUCGGUUCGGCCCUGAAGCGAGGCGCGCCAUUGCCGACCGCGAACGCCUGUCGCUAGGCCUUCAUCCCACUGGCAUGGAAUGGCCCGUGGUCUGGCCCACUUCAGAUCCUGACGACGACGGCGACGAUGAUGAUGAUGCUUUUGGCGGUCAAACCCCUUCGGCUUCCAUCUACAAGCUGGUUCCUUCUAUGCAGCCGUACCGUAACAACCUGACAGCCUUGUCGCAAAAGUAUAAUUUGUAUUUCGCUGCGUAUCGGUCGAGAAUAUUUGUCCAUGUCCCCCGAAGUGUGCCCACACAGACAAUACCUCGACACCCUCAGCUUCAACUCUAUGCUCAACCGAGCUCUGUAGCCCGUCUCAUCGGCGGGUACAUUGACCGUAGAUCCCCCCACUCGCUCAAUCAUCUUGUUGUCGGAUUACUCGGGAAACGAGAAAUCCUUGUCUCGUGUCAUGAUGACGGGGACGUUGUCGCCUUCUACACGAAAGAUAUUGCCGAGUACAUUUCACACGAAUCCAGAGUACCCAACGUCGCGAAAUGCAAUCAGGCGUUGUCCCCGCCGUCCCCGCCGUCCCCGCCGUCCCCGCCACCGACCUCUGCAUGCAAUGCGCCGAAACCCUUCUUCCAUGAGAAUGUUGGCAUUUCAGCUUGGGGCUUGGCAGUGCAUCAGAGGUCUCGUCUCAUCGCUGUCAGUUCGAAUCGCUUCGAGGUAACUGUUUUCGCCCCUGCCUUGACAACCAAAGACUCCACGGGUCACCGCAAUUGCGAUUGCAACACUUGCUGCCGGGACGUGGAAGAACAAGUCCGACAUCGCGCUCGCAAUUGGCGGAUCGUGGUGUCCUUGGGUUCUUUGGCGGACAAUAUACCCAAUAUCAGCUUCGUGGACGACAAGUAUGGCUACGCGGAGAAAAUCUGUGCUAUUGACAUCAAGGGGGCAAUGUGGCUGGCCGACAUCUGGAAGCCGUCCCAAGCUGCCAUCAGAAUUGCGCCGUCGAACAGCCCUCUUCUGAAGAGCGAGGAAUUCUGGCCAGCGUCCUCACGUGGCUGGGGUAUACUCGCGCUUGCGAACCAUGAAUUCCUCGCAGUCCGCUCCGAGGAGGAGCUUUUAGGGGCACCGCUCAAGGACCUGGAAGUGGUGCCCAAGCGUCAAGCUGGCCCGCACCCUAUGGUGAGUGUGGCCAAGUAUAUUCGAGACUUGCCCGAAAACCCUUGCACAUUGCCUGGAAUGGCUGCAGCCCCGAAUCGACCAAACAAUCCUGUGCCACAUUUUGGGUUGGACACGGAUGCUGCAGGAGGAGUUGCCUUCAUGAUCAACCAAUCCAACGACGGCGAUGACGAUUUUGUCGAUAACUCUCACUCGGAAUUUGGUGACUGGGAGGAGCAAUCCGAAGGAGCGACAGAAGAGGGCAACGAAGACGACGGCCUCGUAGAUGUACCGGAAGGCGAUGUUCUGGGGGGGCAAGACGAUUUGGAAGUUGAAGAGCAUGACGAAAGCGAUGCAAUGGUUCACCAAGGUGGCGGCGUCUCUUACCCCGUGGUUCUGGAAAACGAUGAGCCUCUUCCGCUGGCGAAUGAGGAAGGCGAGGCAGGAUGGGCGGAAUUGGCGGAAUUGGCGGAAUUGACAGAAUUGACGACUCCAGUGGUUGAGCCGCCAUCUUCUGGCUCCGCCCCUGACGAAUCUCCCCUCGCUCAAGAGGUCCCGAGCCUGGCGCACCUCUUGAUACACCUUUCCAAACCCCCAGGCGGAUCUUCGCCACCCUCGGAAAGCUCGGCGCCUUUGCAUGCAUCGCUUACACAAUGUUUGAAGAAACUGCGGCCUCAUUGUCCUCCUCCCUGUGUCGACAUGGUCUACAUGCCACACAGCGCACAGGUUCACGAACUACCAAGACAGACUUUGCCCUUAUUCCGCUUCCUGCGAAAACCCGGCGAAAGUAACGAAAACACGCAAGAUUACGCAUCUAGCCUCGGCAAUGUCGCUGAACGCUAUCACGUACUCCGGAUGUACGAGAAGGAUCUGGAAAUGAGAAGUCUGGACAAGAGGCAUCAGAACGGACUGCCAGAGUUUGACAUCCUGUGUCCCUACGCUCUAACAAUGGGGCUGUCGCCAGGUCGCACCGCGAGGCCGCAUUUUCGGGCUACUAGUCGCCUCAGCAUGGUGAUUCACAUCCCAGAGCUGUGCAUUUUGGCGGUUGGAUCCCCAAUCGGACGAGUGUUGAUCCUGACGCCGACGCGUCUCGAAGCACCGGUGGAAAAACGGACGGGGGUUCUGCAUCACGGACUCCGGAUCGAGUGGAUUUUGCCGCGACAGUCAGAUGAGGCAGUCUUUAGAGUGGAAGAACGGCCUCUACAUGGAAUGGCAGUGGGGCCUGUGCAGGAAGACGGGCCGAUGGGAGAUGAAGCUGAAGAUGAUGCUGAUGCUGCUGAUGGGAGGGUACGGGUUGCGGUUCCGAGGAGAUACAGGUUGAUGCUGCAUUACAGGAACCAUGAUGUCUUGACGUACGAAAUCAGCAGGGAGGAGCAGUCGGGAAAGCUGUGCAUCUUUUGA